AUGUUUGAGGUGCAGAGUGCAGUCCUUAAGGGAAACAGGCUGUGUGUGCCUAUCAUGGUGUACCAUGUGGAAGAGAGCAAGAAUGCCAUAGCUGUAAAACAGAAAUGCGAGAGACUUCGGGAGUUAUCACAUGCUCCCAUAACAUGUCUGGUGGGGACCAUUGAAAGUCUAAAUGAAAAAGUGGCCCAUCUACCUUUACUGCACAGACACGGGACCCCUGUACAGGUCAGAAGUGACAAUACAAAAGGACAUCUGGAGUCAACAGAUAAUGAGAACAGGGGCAAGCCCCACAGUAAGCCCUGGUUAAUAUCGUGUAACAUGGACACUGAAAAGAUGAAUGACAUACCUAAGAUGGUGGAGCUGUACAAGUGUCCACAGUUCAGUGAUUUUCAAGUACCUCUGCCACACAAUACUUCAUACAGAGCCAUUGUCACACGUGUCAUACAGGCACAGCGCCACCUAAUGCACACGCCCAGCUUAAAGCCUGUCUCCCGUAACAUUCUUUCUUCCACCACCGUGGAACACUUCGUCAUCAAUUCGUUCUGGUGGCUCUUCCUCGAGAACUUUCAGCCCAACAGAAACGCUCAGGAUCGACUGUUUGGCCAGAUUGCAGAGAAUUACAUCAGCAUUCUGACCCAGAGCUUGUCCUCUAACAGUGGCACCGUCUUUCUUCAAGUAGUCUACACUACAAUGGAUUUUCCCAGCACACUGAGUCAGAUGCUGUUCUGCUGCUUCUCCUACUGCUUUCCUCAGUCAUGUUGUUUCCGUGGUCCUGCCUUUCUUACAGCUCUGUGCUCCACUGCGUACAAAUGGACUGGAGGGCUUAGUCCUGCUCCUGAAGUCUAUAAGUAUUGGGAUUUCGAAGCUCUGGAAGCAAAAGAUAUCAACAGCAUUUUACACAAAUCACAUCGAUCUUGUGUUUCAGUGGAGAAUGCAGCUUCACAGAGCAUCCCAGUCUCUGAUCUAAAAGCUCUUUCUGACCACAGAAGGCCAUUAGCCAGAGAGAAAUCAGCUAGAGAGUCACAUGCAGUGGGUGGACACAUCAUAGAAGUGAAGCAGUAUGUGUUUAAUGUGUGGGGAAACUCUCCUCUGGUGCAGCACUACAUGAAGACAUUGUGUCUGCAGCACGAUGUGGGUUACAACGUUUUAGUGAGGAGAACCCAGAUCCAAGCACUACCUCAAGCAGACUCACUUACUUACCAAGACAUUUUGAUGCAAACACGCCAGCGUUCCUCCUGCCAGAGAAGAGAACUGCGCUCUCUCUGGGCACGACAUGCCCAGGAAAUAAGCAUCAUGCCACAACGGGAAGAUGAACAAAAUCAGCUUUUCAGAUUUAAGCUGGCAACACACAAGAAAAUCCUGUCUCAGAGAAGUGUGGUACACAAACUCUGCCAGCUGCUACUGCCAGCACCCAAGGGUGAAGAGGAAAGCAAAACACGCUCUGAACAAUUUAACAGCAUAAUAGCUGGAAUCAAAUAA